GUCCCAACUCACCUCCUGGGCCCCAGGAUUCCGCAAUUUGUCUCCAGUAUUCGUCACCCGGGAAAAGGCGGACCACCCUGCGAGACGCUCAAAUAGGCAUCCCACCAGUGAGACCUCAUACUCCGUACCGUGGUUUACUCUCAUACCGCUCGAACUUCCCUCCCCCUCCCUCCCUUUCUUUCCCCCCUCUCACCCGCGUCCAAGAGACAUAUUCCCCGCUGCGACCUCGGUGCUCCGGCGCUCCAGCCUUCUGCAGUUCAACACACAUCAUUACCAGCUCCCUCCCGGUCCUGUACCAUCAGACAUCCGCUGCUUCCUUGUUCUGCCAACGACGAUACCAAACUUCCCAUAACAGCAAGCCGUCCUUCAACAUGGCCGACGACUCUCGCACCGAAACCUCCUCUCAGGUGUCCUCGCCUGGCGACGACCAUGGCUCGGUCGACUCGGGCUUCGUCUCGCCAAGCACAUCCACCGUCAGCCUGCCGAGGAUAUCCCUCACGCAGCCGCACCUGAAGCACCUCAACAAGCAGCUCGAGUCCCUACACCCGAUGGAAAUCCUCCGCUUCUGCAAGAUCUUCUUCCCCAACCUGUACCAGUCGACGGCCUUUGGCCUGACGGGGCUCGUCACCGUCGACAUGCUUUCCAAGAUCGACGCCGAGUCGGCCGACCCGCAGCCGGUCGACCUCAUCUUCCUCGAUACCCUCUACCACUUCAAGGAGACGUACGAGCUCGUCGAGCGCGUCAAGCAGCGCUACAACGUCAAGGUGCACGUCUUCAAGCCGGCCGACGUCUCGACGGUCGAGGAGUUCGAGAAGCUGUACGGCGAGAAGUUGUACGAGGAGUCGUCGGAGCUGUACGACUGGAUCGCCAAGGUGGAGCCGCUGCAGCGCGCCUACUCGGAGCUCAAGGUCGCCGCCGUGCUGACGGGCCGGCGCCGGUCGCAGGGCGGGCAGCGCGGCGACAUCGCCGUCGUCGAGGUCGACGACGAGCGCGGCGUCGUCAAGAUCAACCCGCUCGCCAACUGGACCUUCGCCCAGGUCAAGGCGUACAUCGACGAGCACAAGGUGCCGUACAACGCCCUGCUCGACCGGGGCUACAAGUCGGUCGGCGACUGGCACUCGACCGUCCCCGUCGGCGAGGGCGAGGACGAGCGCGCCGGCCGCUGGAAGGGCCAGGACAAGACCGAGUGCGGCAUCCACAACAAGCAGAGCCGCUACGCCAAGUGGCUCCAGCAGUCCGCACUGCUGAAGCAGCAGAAGCAGCAGGAGCUCCAGGAGCCACAGCAGCAACAGCAACAGCAAGAGCAACAGCAACAGCAGGUGCAGGUGCAGGUGCAGGAGGUCCAGGUCCGGGCGGCCUAGAUAGAAUACGUUAAGAUGGAGCGAGACGGCGCAAAGGAAGGGCGAGUCAGCCCGUGGUUUCAUAAUGACGAUGACGAGAGCGGAGGAUCGGGACAUACACUUUUCAGAAAGACGAACUACGAUUGCAUUACACCGGCGUUCAGGGACGGGUGCGGCGUUGGGGUUACUGGUCUGUUCUCGACGGUAUCAGAGGGAUCGCUGGGUUUCGAAGCGCGCUGGCGGUCCAUCGCAAGUAAGGUUUUGUCCUCGGGCUAGGUAGCUAGACAAUUGAGACAGCAGUCUUCUAGAAGUUCUUCAACCAGUCUCGAGCGUGAUGGCGAGGAGCUGAUUUUGGAUGAACGGCGAAGUGCGGGGACAAGGUCCGGGGCCCCCGAACCCGCUGGCCGAUCUAAGCCGCCGCAUAGUUAUGCUGUUGUCGAUGAUUGGCCGGGUAGCAUGAGUGGCUGCUUUGUUGGCG